ACACGCUUUACUUCCGUAUUCCACUGUUCCUACGGGAGCUUAUAGGAGUGUCGUAACUUUUUCCUAUGAUGUGUUACGUCGCCUUCACAGCCCAUAAACCAGAAAGCAGGAUUGUUUCUUCGCUUUUCAAAGGUCUUCUCAAAGCUAACACUCGCGGUUCUAAAUGAUUUACCAUUGAAUCUGAAGACUCCACAGAUGAUGAGGAAAUCAAAAGCGCUUCACAUUAAUUACCCAUAUCAUCAUUCAUACGUCGAUGAACUGAACUUCAGCAUACACCGAUUUUACAGUGGAUUGCUUUUCUUCUUUCUGCACGUCCUGCUCCCAAGUUUGAACCUACAGAGAUUUAUGGCAUCAAAAGGAGGAGAGAAACCAAUGCAACUAUGACCAACAAUCCAAACUUCAUCUAAUGUGUUGUUGAAAUCAUAACCGAGCUAAUGAAGUGUGGAGAAGAAACAUUGAACUUUGUUUUGGAUUGUGUUUGGAUUGUGUUAUUCAUUGCUGCAACUUUGAAUUUCAAACUGUGUUUUAGUGCAUGUGCUCAUGCUGAGUAUGAGAUACAUGGAGAAUGCUGCCCCAUGUGUGCACCAGGAAAUCAUGUUUAUUGGCACUGUACGAUAGACACGAGCACAACAUGUAUUCCAUGUCCUGUAUCAACGUACAUCGAUGAGCCCAAUGGCUUGGAUAAAUGCUUUCCCUGCUCUGUGUGUGAUGCAAAACUAGGUUUAAAGAUAAAGAAAACCUGCACACGCUCUGCAGAUACUAUUUGUGAGCCGUUGGAGGGAUUCUACUGCACUGAGCGAAAGAAAGAUAGCUGCAGAUUUGCUGCGAAGCACUCUGAAUGCCACCCUGGACAAUAUGUCAAACAAACAGGAACAGCAUUUACUGAUACUGUAUGUGGUAACUGCAUGCAAGGGACUUACUCUAAUGGCUCUUACACUGCCUGUCAACCACAUUCAAAUUGUGAAAUUAAAGGCCUUAAAGAAACAAAACCAGGAACAAUGUCAUCUGAUGUGGAAUGUGGGAAGUCAGUUCCAAUUGCUCUCAUUGUUGGAGUCAUUGUUGGAGUCAUUGUUGUCGUUUUGAUGACUGCUGUUGGGAUAAAACUCUAUUGCACAUUUAAACAGAAGAGACAAGCUAUUGACAGAAAUAUUUAUUUUUGCUCCGUGCCAAUACCAGAGAGUGAUGGUCAGUGUGAACCAACGUCACCAGACUCAGUGACCCCUCUUAUAUUCAACACUAGUAGCCCAAUACCUCAAUCUACUGCCUGUUCUGUUUUAAGUGGAGACAAUGUGACCUGAUAUCAGAAGAGGUGUAUUGUUGCUCAUUAAAGAAUCCAAAAGUAUCAAAGAACCUGAAGACUCCACAAAUCUUAAAGGCUUUGUGUAAAUUGCAUCUUCUGUUCUGUUGUGAGUGAUAAAUAGAGGAGCUGUCAAAUAAUGAUCAAUACAAUCCAAGCACACUCUCGCUGUAAGUCUUUAUCGUGUCUUCACACUAAAUACACACAUCAUAUCUUGGUAUUUUCUACCCAAAUCAGUGAUUUUUGUUGAGACAUUUUUCCUCUUUCAACCAAAACCAAUAAUCGUGGAUUGAGGUGUCUAAAAUUGCAUUCUUAUUUUUAUCUCAUGUAUUAGAAAAUGAUGUACUUUGAAAGUAGGAACUGAUGUCCACCCUAUUUCACCAAGAUCCACUCACUUUUCAACUUCUGGCAUUGCCACUGCUGUGGACAACAUUACUAACUGGAGACUAACAAUCUAGGACCAAAUGUUGAAGAAACCAGAACAGUUUAUGCACCUGAUUUGAACAUGAUCAAUUUAAGGAUUGUAUUAUUAAUUGCUGCUAAUUUGAACUUUAAACUGAUUCACACAUGUGCUGAAUAUGAAAUAAACGCAUAUAAACAA